UUCUAUUCCUCCCUUCUAUUCUCUCACUAACUCACGGCUUCAAACCUUGGUGGUGCGGUUGGUGUGGCGCAGGGAAGAUCACGGCGGUGGUGGCCGAUUGGUGGCGCAUCAGAGAUCUGCAUAGUGGUGGUUGUUCAGUUGGCAUACGGAACAUAAUGAAACGUAAGGCAACAACAAACUUGGAAUUAGAAUUGCAUGGAGGACUUUCUCAGGGUUCAAAUUCGCAGUCCCAUACUUCCCUUGGUUCACAAGAAGAGGACGUGGGGACUACUGAAAGCAAUGAGUUAAUAACACCGACGAAGACUCGAGGCCCCACACGCUGCGCAAAUGUGGUACAACAUGACACCAAAAAGAAUGGCCUGAUACCAUUAAGUGUGAAUGAGCAUGGACAGCCUAAUGGAGCCGAUGAAAAAAAAUUCGCUAAUUAUUUGGGCACAAUUGCCCGUAAUGGUCUUGCAGCUCCCUUGAACUACAAAAAUUGGAGGAAAGUCCCUGAAAUAGUUAAAGAGGACAUGUGGACGACGGUUCGGGGCAAGUUUGCAGUAGAAGAAAUCUCAAAAGAUUGGACAUUAUCAUCCCUUGGUCAUAAAUGGAGAGAUUGGAAAAGUGAAAUUAAAAGUAACUAUUAUAAAAUUUGGCGUACAGAUGAACAACGAUAUGCAAACCCACCACCAAGUGUUGAGGAGGACCAAUGGGAUUAUCUCAUUAGAUAUUGGCGUACAGAGGCAGCACAGAAACAAAGCCAACAAAAUGAAGUAAAUCGCUCUAAGCAAACAAUGCUGCACACAACUGGGACAAUGAGUUAUGCGCGGAAGGCUGAAAAGAUGAAGUUGGAAUCAGGGAAGGCGCCAACUCGUGCUCAACUAUUUUGCGCAACACAUAAGAGUAAGAAGGAUGGCAAAGCUAGUGAUGAACAUGCUGCCAAAAUGAUUACACAACUAGAAGAGCUUGCUGCAACUCAGCCUUCUAACCCAGAUGAACCUUCACCCCAUGAUUUUUAUGUCCAAGUUAGGGGAGAAGAAAGAAGGGGCCGUGUUCGGAUGUAUGGCUUGGGACCUACGCCAACUAGUCUUUGGGGGCCAUCUCCUAGUAAAGCGGAGCUGAUAAGAAGGACCUCACAAGCAGAAGAAGAGGCACAUCUUGCUCAUGCAGAAAUGAAUGAGAAAGUGGACAAGAUGCGUGCCAAGUAUGAUGAAAAAUAUGAAGCUUUGAACGCAAAGAUGGCUAUGAUUUUACGUCAUAUCGAAAAUCAAAAUUCUAAUAUACAGGUACCCGGCUCCUCAACUACUACACUUGGUGAUCCUUAAACUUUAUUUUUGGUCAUGGAAUUUCAUCCUUGGGCAAUUUGAAGGAAGACGAGAGAUGAAAUUGAACCAUUAAUUCUCAAGGCCCUCGCAUAGUCUCACUCAAAUUCUCAAUGAAAUGUUGAUGUUUUAUUUUGCAUGAUUUCCUUUUGAACCUUUUAUUAGCACUUGACAUUUUAAAACAAAACUUAGAUGUUAUGGGAUGUUAUUGAAUUUUAAUGCAACUUUCUUUGUUCUAUGUUAUAUAUCAAAUUUAAGUUGUUGGAUGUGUUGUGAUUGGUAAAUUACAUGUGAUUUCAUUAAACAGGGAACAAAAUAAAAUAUUUGGUAAUAUGUAAAUUAAACCAGAAAAAAAUAUUUUUUUUAAAAAAAAUUUAACACAUUACCGACGGUUUAAAACGCCCCAAAAGAAAAAAAUAUUACAGUUCACUUACAAUACACCGACAAUUUAACACGCCCUUAAAAGUAAAAAAUUAUACAUUAUCGGCACUUUAAAUUGCCGAAGUAUAUCAUUAAAAAGGGUGAUUUAAAAUGCCCCUAAAAAGAAAAAAUUAUACAUUACCGGCGCUUU